CUUAAAACUUCAUCACAUUCGUAUUUUUUUAAAUCAUAUUCGAGUGUGUCGUAAGAGAGGAUAUCAAAUUUGGGGUAGACGUCUGCCACACAGUUGCAUCUCUGAGAUUGUAUUGCCGUAUUCAUUUUUGAAGCCAUGAAAAAGUUGGGAUCGUCAAUCCGGUCACAUUAGUUCAGGACAGUAAAGCUAGAAAGGAAAAUUGAACAUGGAAGCGAGCUCGGACUCUUCUUCCGUGCAUUGCGUGCCAGAUGCUAUAUAUGAAAGACAAACAAUUUGCCAUGGGCUUUAUGUGUCGUAAAAGCCAAAGCUAACAAGUUUAGUUCCGCAAGGAGGCAGGGGAGCAGGGAAUGGAGUUCCUUUGAUUUUAUUGAUUGUUAAGCCCAGUUCAUUUUAGUUUCAUCAACCAAAUUGCUAACGUUAAUUAAAGUUCGAUGUGUUCGUUGAUUUGUUUGUGGUGCGGGCUCCUUAUUAAACGAUGACAUGAAGAACAUGACAUCCUACGUUAUCUGUUUAAGAUGUCACUGGCCGUUUCGUUGCGCCGUGCCUUGCUGCUGCUACUCUCAGGAGCCAUUUUCAUACUGACUGUGCUGUACUGGAACCAGGGCGUGAUAAAGACGCAAUCGUACAAUGAAGCACAGCUACGUCCGCACAUCCAAAAGGAUCAUAGCUCGAUUCUCAUACCGUUGGAGAAGUCGUGGACUUAUAAGUGCGACAAUGACAGGUGCGUGCGCGUUAAUUAUCACAGGAAUGGAGCCAACGUGAAACGUGUGUCCUUCAUCAGCUGCUCAAUGACCUGCGGAGAUAUAAACAUUUGGCCACAUCCCACCUCCAAGUCGCAGGUCAGCAGUCACACGCUGCGCUUCUCCGUGGAGGAUUUGCAGCUACGGUUGGAUACGCCCCAUCACGAUGUACGCAGACGACUCAAAUUGGCCUUUGAUGUGCUUGUCCGGCAAUUGCGACAAAUACAGCGAUUGGAGUAUGCAUCGCCGCAUGCAGAAGCGAUGGCAUCCGCCAGCGAGCCCUCGGCCAAAUCCACAGACGCUGCUGAAUCGCCACUAGCUGGCGGGCUUUUCAGCUCCACUUUCGGUUCACAUCGGUCUGGUGAUCUGGAUAGUCUGCAUGUGAAGCUCUCCGUGCAUGAGUCAGACGAGCUCAACUUUAAUCUUGACAAUGAUGAGAGCUAUGAAUUAGUAACAAGUUUGGAUCAUCGGCGUUUGAUUGUGCACAUCAGGGCGAAGACAUUUUUUGGCGCACGUCACGGACUGUCGACGCUACAGCAGCUCAUUUGGUAUGACGAUGAGGAACGAUUGCUGCGCACCUAUGCCAGCUCAGUGGUCAAUGAUGCGCCCAAGUUUCGUUAUCGCGGCCUUAUGCUGGACACCUCUCGACACUUCUUUUCCGUGGAUGCAAUUAAGCGCACCAUUUCUGCCAUGGGCUUGGCCAAACUGAAUCGCUUUCAUUGGCACAUCACGGAUGCUCAAAGCUUCCCAUAUAUUUCGCGACAUUAUCCAGAGCUGGCUGAGCACGGUGCCUACUCGGACAGUGAAACAUACAGCGAACAGGAUGUGCGCGAGGUCAACGAAUAUGCCAAAAUUUUUGGCGUACAGGUGCUUCUGGAAAUCGAUGCACCUGCGCAUGCGGGCAACGGCUGGGACUGGGGACCCAAACGUGGCCUUGGCGAACUAUCGCUCUGCAUUAAUCAGCAGCCAUGGAGUUUUUAUUGCGGUGAACCGCCGUGUGGUCAACUAAACCCGAAGAAUAACCACACCUACCUCAUACUACAGCGCUUGUACGAAGAGUUUUUGCAGCUCACGGGACCCACAGAUAUAUUUCACCUGGGCGGCGAUGAAGUCAAUCUCGAUUGCUGGGCUCAGUACUUUAAUGAUACGGAUCUACGCGGUCUCUGGUGCGACUUUAUGCUACAAUCGAAUGCUAGACUGAAAGUGGCCAAUGGGAAUGUUGCACCCAAGCACGUGGUUGUCUGGUCGAGUGCGCUGACAAACACCAAGUGUCUUCCAAAUAGUCAAUUCGUGGUCCAGGUGUGGGGCGGCAGCACUUGGCAGGAGAACUAUGAUCUGCUGGACAAUGGCUACAAUAUAAUAUUCUCACAUGUGGAUGCUUGGUAUUUGGACUGUGGCUUUGGCAGCUGGCGAGCCACUGGCGAAGCCGCCUGCUCACCCUAUCGCACUUGGCAAAACGUAUACAAGCACCGUCCCUGGGAGCGAAUGCGUCUGGAUAAGAAGCGGCGAAAGCAGGUGCUGGGUGGCGAGGCUUGCCUAUGGACCGAACAAGUGGACGAGGGUCAACUGGAUAAUCGAUUGUGGCCACGUGUCGCAGCCCUGGCCGAACGUCUGUGGUCAGAUCCAAAUGACGAUCAUGACUUCGAUAUAGUGCCGCCAGAAGUAUUUCGGCGUAUCUCAGUGUUUAGAAAUCGCCUUGUCGAGCUGGGCAUCAAAGCCGAGGCGCUGUUUCCCAAGUACUGUGCGCAGAAUCCCGGCGAGUGCAUUUGAUAUUUUAUGUAAAAGUAAAAGGAAAGGUGCCCCUCCCCACUCUGUGCGUUAAUUAGUUAAUAGUGUAAUUGUUAUUUUUUAUUAUUAUUACAAUACAUAUUAAGCGUCCACUAAACCAAUGCAUUAAGAAGCGAACUAAGCGGACGAGGCGACACUCUUCAAGACAUUUUGCGACCAAGUGGUUUCCGGCUCCAGCAGCCACACGUAAUCACGAAUUUAAUUUUGAUGUAGUUACAAUUUUGUUCAAUUCUCUCGAGACAUACGCACACGCACAUACUCACACGCCAGUGCUGUCAAUUUAGCCUUUAUCGGACAGAUCCAAACAUUUUGUUAAGAAUAUGGAUUAAUAGGGAAAAAAUUGUUGAUCAGAUCUUCUGUUGUGUUUUUAUCCAUCUGUCUUAUUUUUACUAAAGGCAGCUGCCAGCACUGACUCCCACAUACGUAAAAGCCCACAAGAAAACAUGAUAAACGCUUUGUUUUCCCUUAAAUGUUUUGGCAAUUGAGUAAGGAGUAUUUGGUAAGUGAGACAGUGAUAGUUUUUAGCUAAUAUACAUUUAUAGGAAAUACGUAGAUUUCAUACACUCAGAUGCACACAACAGGUAUAUAAAGUAAAUACUUAGUAAGACAUUCGUAGCUUAGAGAACUAUGUUAAUCUGGCGAACAUGAGCAAAUUUUGAUAUUUUGAAAACUUUAUUCGCUAAUCAUGAAAUGCAAGACAGCAAAAACAUAAAACUUGACUUGUAUGCUCAGCUAUACAGACAUAUUGUGUGACAGCAAAUUGUUUAUGUUUCGUUUCGUAUUAGGAUUAUUUUAAAUUACAUUCUCAGUGAUACAAACAAUGUGACCUUAUGGAAAAAUAAAUAAAUAGGAAGCGGAAAAAAAAAACAAAAAUUAAAAUUAUAAAAAAUACACGAAACUCUUAGGGUUAACACACGCACACACACACACAUACAUCGUAAUUGUAACAACAUUGCACGCAUUGGCUCGAUAUUGACAACAACAUGAAAAAGAAAACCUAGUAAACUAAUAGCUAAUUUUUAAUAACAAUUGUAAUAAUUAUAGUAAAACUGCAACACAGUGCAACAAUUAAUUGACGACCCUAUUCUUUUUCUAUCUUUCGGCAUAUUUUGACAACAUCUUGACUCGACUCGACUCCAAUGAUUGCUGCACUGUGCUGGCAAAUCUGACCUAAUCUUAGUUGAUCCAAAUAAAUUAUGUUUAAGCUUAUUUUGUACUUAACAAAGAAUUUGCAAACUAUAAGAAUCAUGCGUUAGUUUUAAACAUUCUGCUGUAACUUCAAGUCACUUUUUCAACAAAAUAUAAAACGUCA